CUGGCCCUGGCCCGGUCUCGCCUGGCCCCGGGUUCGCCGCGCCACCACCGCCAGCAGCCGCAGCAGCGGAGGCAGCGGCGCGCCCCGCCACCAUGAAGGUGACCGUGGACUUCGAGGAGUGCCUGAAGGACUCGCCGCGCUUCAGGGCAGCUCUAGAAGAGGUAGAAGGAGAUGUGACAGAGCUGGAACUGAAACUUGACAAGCUGGUGAAGCUUUGUAUUGCAAUGAUUGACACUGGGAAGGCAUUUUGUACAGCCAACAAGCAGUUCAUGAAUGGAAUUAGAGACCUUGCACAAUAUUCCUGUAAAGAUACAUUGGUUGAGGCCAGUUUGAUGAAGUUCUCUGACACCUUACAGGAAAUGAUCAAUUAUCAUAAUAUUCUGUUUGACCAAAUCCAAAGAUCAAUUAAAACACAGCUUCAGACUUUCGUUAAAGAAGAUAUUAGGAAAUUUAAAGAUGCAAAGAAACAGUUUGAAAAAGUGAGUGAAGAAAAGGAGAAUGCUCUGGUGAAAAAUGCCCAAGUUCAAAGAAAUAAGCAACACGAGGUAGAGGAAGCAACCAAUAUCUUGACUGCAACACGGAAGUGUUUUCGACACAUAGCUCUGGAUUAUGUUCUUCAGAUCAAUGUUCUUCAAUCUAAAAGGAGAGCAGAAAUCUUAAAAUCGAUGUUAUCGUUUAUGUAUGCACAUCUGGCUUUUUUCCAUCAAGGCUAUGAUCUGUUUGGUGAACUUGAGCCCUACAUGAAAGAACUUGGUGCACAGCUGGAUCAGUUGGCUGUAGAUGCUGCGAAGGAGAAGAGAGAUAUGGAGCAAAAGCACUCCACUAUUCAACAAAAGGAUUAUUCCAGUGAUGAUACUAAACUAGAAUACAAUGUAGAUGCAGCCAAUGGCAUUGUUAUGGAAGGUUAUUUAUUCAAGAGAGCCAGCAAUGCCUUCAAGACUUGGAACAGGAAAAAGCCAGAUCACAUCAGGCGCUGGUUCUCAAUACAAAAUAACCAACUUGUGUACCAGAAGAAAUUUAAGGAUAAUCCCACAGUAGUUGUUGAAGACUUGCGGCUCUGCACAGUUAAACACUGUGAAGACAUAGAAAGACGUUUCUGUUUUGAGGUGGUUUCUCCAACAAAGAGCUGCAUGCUUCAGGCUGACUCGGAAAAGCUGCGGCAGGCAUGGAUUAAGGCUGUUCAGACCAGUAUUGCCACAGCAUAUAGAGAAAAAGGGGAUGAAUCUGAGAAACAGGAAAAGAAAUCAUCCCCUUCUACUGGGAGCCUAGAAUCUGGGAGUGAGACAAAAGAGAAGUUGUUGAAAGGAGAGAGUGCUCUGCAGCGAGUCCAGUGCAUUGCUGGUAAUGCUGCCUGCUGUGACUGUGGUUUGGCAGAUCCUCGCUGGGCCAGCAUCAACCUGGGAAUCACACUGUGCAUCGAGUGCUCUGGGAUACACAGGAGCUUGGGAGUCCACUUUUCAAAAGUAAGAUCUUUAACAUUGGAUUCAUGGGAGCCUGAACUCCUAAAGCUUAUGUGUGAAUUGGGAAAUGAUGUUAUAAAUAGAAUAUAUGAAGCGAAGUUGGAAAAAGUGGGAGUAAAGAAGCCACAAUCUGGAAGUCAAAGGCAGGAGAAGGAGGCAUACAUCAGAGCAAAAUAUGUGGAAAGAAAGUUUGUAGAGAAGCAAGCUGCAUCAGUACCUCUGCCUGAGCCUGGAACAAAAGUUUUGCCUCCAAGUCAGGAAGAGAAAAGGCACAGUGGCCCUGAAAAAUCCCUUUUGGCAGGGGAGCAAGGUGCAGCAUCCCAAAAAGCGGUUGCUGUAAGUAGCGACGAGGCGAGGCGGGAGUCUCUGUUCUGUCCUGAUGAGCUUGAUUCACUCUUCUCCUACUUUGAUACCUCUUCAAAACUCCGUAGUAUCCGAAGCAGUGACAGUGGGAUCCAGCCAAGCACUGAUGACAGCAGAGAACACCUUGCCUCUACUAUAUCAGCCAACAGUUUGUAUGAACCAGAAGGAGACAAGCAAGAGUCUCCAGUGUUCUGUGACUCCAAGCAGCCUAGUCCAGGACUGCAGUUGUAUCAAGCUGCCUUUGAGAAAAAUCUUCCUCACAUGGCAGAAGCAUUGGCUCAUGGAGCUGAAGUAAACUGGGUCAACGUGGAAGAAAACAAAGCAACACCACUGAUUCAGGCAGUGCGAGGGGGUUCAUUGGUUACUUGUGAAUUUUUGCUGCAGAAUGGGGCCAACGUGAACAUCCGAGACAUGAAAGGAAGGGGGCCCCUGCACCAUGCCACAGUUCUAGGACACACCGGACAAGUGUGCUUAUUCCUAAAACGAGGAGCAAACCAGCAUGCCACGGAUGAAGAUGGGAAAGAUCCAUUGAGUAUAGCAGUGGAAGCUGCAAAUGCAGAUAUUGUAACACUGUUGCGUUUAGCAAGGAUGAAUGAAGAAAUGCGUGAAUCAGAAGGACUCUAUGGGCAGCCAGGAGAUGAAAUUUAUCAGGACAUUUUUCGUGACUUUUCUCAAAUGGCAUCAAAUAAUCCAGAGAAGUUAAACCGCUUCCAGCAGUCAGAUUCCCACAAGUCUUAAGUAUCAAGAAGGAAAAGAACCUGAAGCUUAUAGUGCAAGUCUUUUUUUACUAUAACAGAAUGAAUUGUAUGCAUUUUGUUAGAUAGUUUGGAUAAAAUGACCACUCCAAUGUAGCUUUAGAAUUGUGGUAGCUGGGGAAGUGUAUGAGUUGGUUGAUGUUCUCCAGUACAUAUACCUCAGCAGCUGAAGGUGUUUGGAGCCCCUGAGUCCCUGCUAGCUGAGAGCAAAGCAGCCCCUGUCGCUCGGCCGCGUUGGCAGCUCGCCCUGGGGCUGGCAGGGCUGGGCUCCGGCUGCAGGGGCUCACAGCGGCUUUGCUACCCAGCGUCACCCACUGUCAUCUGUCCCCCUGCUGCCAUAAAGAAUGUGCCUCUGACAAGAAGGUCUGGGUUGCAUUUUCUGGGACUGUUUGGAAGGGAAUUUGGGCAAUGAUUUACUGAGUUGUCCUUCCAUUUUUGGGACUGCAGCUCAACAGAUUCUCUUGUUCCUGCGGUGACUGCUUAGAGGUAGGCUGUUCUUAACAGAUAACUCCUGCUCUUUUGCAAGCUCUUUCACAGUGGAAGCUCAAGCACCAGGCUGGCCUUUAUGCUGGUGACUGCAGGUCAGUCACAAAGGGAUGUAUCCUGGGGACCAAAUUCCUAAGAGCAGUCCAUUUUCCUUUUUUUUCUUUUCCUCUUAAAUUAAACUUUAAGUGCAGCAAGUAUCCUUCCAAAUGAGCACGUGGAACCUUUAAUGAAAAAUAAACUGAAUCCUUUUGGACAUGAUGUGGGGUUUGUUUGUAGUAUUUUGACUUGAAAACUUGAAAUGUGAGACACGAAAGUAAAUAUUGAGCCAACGAAGUUUGUGUAGAAUAGUUGUACAAAGGCUAUUUCUACUUUUUGCUGUUCUCACUACAAGCCCUAAGCUCAGUAUAAAAGUCUCAUGUCUUGCAGCCACUCUCAGUUUAGGGCAAUCCCUUCUAUCAGGAAGCAGUAGCCCUUAUAUAAUUUGCAAUGAUGUGUAUGUUUAUGUGUUGUCUAAACUAAGAUGAGCACAGGAAAAACUAGAAUUUCAGUGCACAUUUCUGUCAAGUAAUGAAUGAGCACAGUCUCCAACUGUGUUGUGAGGGCAGCAAGACAAUUUGCUUUAUGUGGUAGUGAGCUCCACUCUGCCCUUGUGCAUGUAUAGAUGGUGUCUCUAGAUAAAUGCUUAUAUAUCAGGUUAUUUAUACCUAGAUAAUAAUCCUUCUAAACCUCAAACCAGCAGAUGCAAUUCUUUAUCCUCUAUUUCUCUACCCUAUGGAGACAGCUUAAGCAGAGUUUUUAGAUGACAUAGUAUCAAUGUGAGUUUCCAGUAAUCCUAAUAGCUGUGGCAUUGUUAACCUGCUGUUUAAGUGUAUUUAGGAAAUGAAUUGGCUUUUCUCUGUGAAAAGACAAGCAAAACUGGGAUAAAACAAAUUGAAAUCUGUAAACUAUGGUAAAGUUAAACUCUCUGGCAUGUUACGUUUUAAGAAGGUAUUUCAAACAUUUAUAAUUUUGCAUCAAAUGUGUAAUAGUCUGCAUAUUAUUACUGCUACAAAAUUAGUAGUGUUGUAGAAUCGUCCAGUGGAUUUUAUUUCCAAGCAGAAUAAUCUUACAAGACAGUUCUUGCUUUGUACGUGGUCUAAUUAUGGUAGGAAAAGCAGAUUCUGCCCAUUUAAAGUGCACAUUUAGUCUGAAUAAUAAGAAACUUAAGGAUAUCACCUGUAAGCAGUAAUUUUUAGUAAGUUGCCUAUGAAAUGAUAAUAUACUUCCUAAUCAGCAGCAUUUACCAGCAAAUGGGUGCUUUAGUAGAUGUUAGAGGAAGAUUCCUGGAGUAUAGAUGGGACAAUGUAAGAUAUGACUGCAAAAUAUACACCUCAGACAUAGGUUUUUCUAAAUGUUUGUCUUUCCUAGCCUGUCUUUCCACACUGCCUUU